AUGCAUCUCAUGUACACCCUCGACAGCAACGGCAACCGCCUCUACACCUUGAAAAAGGUCGCCCACGGACAGGUCACCAAGUCGGCGCACCCGGCGCGGUUUUCGCCCGACGACAAGUGGUCGAGGCAGAGGGUUACGAUGAAGCGCCGAUUCGGGCUGCUUCUGACGCAGCAGAGUAUGAGGGCCUGA